AACUAGAUUUUGACACAGAGUGAAGGUGGAGGACCUGUCAUAGGUGAUAUUAUACUUUGGUGCAAGUUCCUAAUAAAUCUGCGCUUAAUAGAAGUAUGUAGACUCAAACGAUAUGGAGCAAACUCGGGGGUCGGGGCCCCUGGGCAGUUAGUUGACCACUUUCAAGAAGCAGCAGGAGAUGGACCCAAAUGCAGGACGCAGGAGCAGCAGCUCCAGGACAUGCUGGCACAGCCAAACUGAACCAAACUAAACAAAACAAAACUGAACGAUGCACAGAUUAAAGGAUCCAACAAGACUGAACUGAAAACCAGGACUUAAAUACAAACUGAACUGAUGAAACAACAAGAAACAAGUGGCAAAACAGGAGGGCAGACACUGGAAGCAGGGCAGAGCUAACAAGACGGAUGUAGGGCAGAUGUGAAGAGAAGGGUGGAGAGAAAAGUAGGCCACAUGAGGAAGUGACUUGCAUGUAAUAACAUGAAUAGAGAUAAGACUGAGUUGUUCUGAGUUUCAGUUCACUUUUGCACUUUGUCUCUUGGUCACAUUACCAUAAGAAAAUUACUCGUGUAAAAGCAAACUUCAAGGUCUUACUGCCACUCAGUCCAAUUCAACAAACAGGAAAAAAGUCUGAGGGCAUCUGGUGGACUGGUGGAGGGACAUAGAACCAGACUGGGACAGAACCACCCGCCUGGUGCUGAGGGCGAAACGAUGCCAUCGUCACCGUGGUGACAGCGGAGCGUGAAACAGGGAUGAUCAUGGGAGACAGAAGGAGGUCACCAUGUGCCGAAAUCUAUCCAAAUAUGCCCUCAUCUUCCUCUUCUUAGCCCUGUCUGGCCUCAUCUUCCUGCUAUGCAACAUCCACACCGUGGAGAACUGGAACUGCCACACAAUUUCAGCCCUGUACCAGCUCCAGAGCAGGAUCCAAUCAUCCUUCAUCCCGGUGGGUAUCCCUAAUUUUAAUCACAGCCGCACCUUCUGUGCACAUCUGGGCCUGAAACCCUCCCCUGAAGAUGAACUGGAGGAGCGCUACCUGUUGGACUUAAUCGCCUGGCCUGUGCCACCGUCUCACUCCACACCAAUUGCUCUGCGCCGCACGAGUGACCCCGUGCACAGCCUGUUCGCCAUCCUCCCCACUAAAGCAGGACGGGAGUGGCAUGUGGGUGACCAGCUUGAGGUCCUCGUCCAAAUGCAUGACUUCCAGGGUCAACCCAAGCACUACGGCGGGGAUUUCCUUUUGGCUCGACUGCACUCCCCGGAGCUUGGAGCAGGUGUAGCGGGGAUCGUGCUGGACCACAAGAAUGGAUUUUAUUCUGUUCUGUUCCCACUCCUCUGGGUGGGGUCUGCACAGGUUGAGAUCACGAUGGUGCACUCCAGCGAGGCCGUCACUGUGCUGCGACGGCUGAGGGAGGAACGACCUGAUCGGGUGUUUUUCAAGAGCCUGUUUCGCUUAGGCUUCCUUUCUGAAACAACUGUGUGUAACAUGUGCCUGCCCCCCGACCAGCAGCCCCUGUGCAACUACACAGACCUUCACACAGGUGAGCCCUGGUACUGCUACAAGCCGAAGAUGCUCAGCUGUGACACUAGAAUCAACCACGCCAAGGGAGGCUACCUGAAGCACCUCAUCACCAACAAGGAAGCAUUGCUCUUCCAGAGUGGUGUAAACAUCAAAGUUCCCAUACAUGCUUCAGGAACUGACAGGAUCAAUGUGGUGCCUUCAAGGACAGAUAAAGUAGACGCAGAAAGCAGCAGUAUAAAUCCAGAACCUAUUAAGCUAGCACCGUCUGGAUAUUACUACGAGGACUCAUGGAGGCCGUUAGGUGGCGUUACAAUGCGCCAGUUUAACGAAUCAUCUGCCAUCACUCAGUGUUUGAAGAACAAGGUGAUCAACAUGUACGGAGACUCUACCGUCAGGCAGUGGUUUGAGUACCUCAUUGCUUCUGCACCAGAAUUAAAGGAGUUCAACCUACACAGUCCUAAAAACGUUGGGCCUUUCAUGGCGGUGGACAGCACCCAUAAUAUUCUCUUGAUGUACCGCUGCCAUGGCCCUCCCAUCCGCUUCUCCACAGUCAUGUCCAGUGAGCUGCGGUACAUUUCCAAUGAGCUGGACGGCCUGUCUGGGGGCCCCAACACUGUCGUGGUCCUCAGUAUCUGGGCCCACUUCAGCACCUUUCCUGUGGAGGUGUACAUACGACGGCUUCGUCACAUCCGACGGGCGCUGGUGCGACUCAUGGACCGAGCGCCGGGGACACUCGUCGUGAUCCGCUCAGCCAAUCUCCAAGCCGUGGACCAAGAGGUGAGCCUAUACAACAGCGACUGGUACUCCCUGCAGCUCGACAGGGUGCUCAGAGCCAUGUUCAAGGGACUGAAUGUUCUGCAGGUAGAUGCCUGGCAAAUGAGUGUAGCGCACCACCUCCCUCACGCCCUCCACCCACCUCCAGCCAUCGUCAAGAACAUGAUAGACAUGUUUUUGUCUUAUAUUUGUCCAGAGAAGAAAAAGAGACAACAGAAAUAGAAGAGUUGUGACAUACCCUUUAAAUACUGUCUGUACUGAGAGAUUUACCAGACUGCUAGUUUUAAUCUCUGUUUACCUGCCUGUUACAUUGCAUUUUGAAUCCCACAAAAGCUAUUUUGCUCUGGAAAUGCCAAAGACAUUGGCACAGCGAUUGUUACUACCCCAUCUGUUUAUGUUACCAAAGUAUUUGUGUGUGUGGUACUCAGUAUUUUUACUUAAGUCGGCCAUAUUUGCAGUUGGUACUUUUUUUUGUUUGUUUUAUGCUUAUAUUUAUUUGUUAGUUUGCCAAAGGUACGGACUUAUUGUCUGAGUUCUUGUUUCUCAGGCAGAUCAGUAUUAAAAAUGUGCUCUUACACCCUGAGCCAUGUAAAAACAUCAGCUACACAUCAACUACAAUCUAAAUUUGUUGCAGUGUGUAACUCAUAACUCAUAGAACAGACAAAAGGUCAAACAAGUUUUGUUUAUUUAGACAAAACCUGCAACUUUAACUGCUAGCGUCAACCAUAAUUUGAAUUCUUUUUCCUCAAGAAUAUUUUUAUUGAAUUUCGAACAAGGAAGCAAAAUAUACACAGGAAUUUUGUAGAGUGCACAACAGAUAUUUCAAGGUUAAAGAGCACAUGCAUGAUAGAAGAGCACAUCGAGCAAUCUUGUCCCAAUUGCCCCUCACCCCCACUAGCCCCAUCUACAAGCUGGAAUUUAAAAAGGGUAUUUCGUCCCUGGAGUAAUACAGAAAGGUGCUAGAAGUCAGGUUUUAUAUUUAGAAAAGAAAGAAAGAAAAAUAAAUAAAAGUAUGGGGGGUUAGAAAUUAAUAAAUUUGUACAGAUAAUAUUACUGAAAGAAAUCAACAGAGAGAAAAAAGACAAAAAGAGAGUGAGAGAAUAAGUCUUUACUUUUAAGGUUCUUAAAGUAUUUCGGGAAAGGUCUCCACACCUUUUGGAACUUUUGUUUGAGUUACAAACUGAGUAGUGGAUCUUUUCGAGGUUUAGACAGGACAUGUUGUCUAUCAGCCACUGAGCGUGGGUGGGUGGGGCAGCAUCCCUCCAUCUUAGUAAUACUGCACGUCUGGUCAAAGGAGAGGCGAAGGACAGUGUGCGUCAAUUGAUUGGAUUCACGCAUGCAUCAUCCUCUCCAGUGGUGCCAAAAAUGACGACCAGAGGGUUGAGUUCUAGGUCAAAAUUGAGGAUUAGGGAUGAGGUUUGGAAAACAUCCGUCCAGUAUUUUUCCAGGCUAGGUCACGUCCAUAAUAUGUAGAUAAGGGAAGCCUCACCUCACCUACAUUUGUCACAGCAGGGAUUCACAUCUUGGUAAAUACAAGAUAGUUUGGUCACAUGGGCCCUUUGCACAACCUGUAACUGUAACAGACAGUGACAGGCACAUAGGGAUAUUUAAUUAACCCACAGUGAAAGGUUUAAAUCCUGCUCCUAGGCAGUUUCAAUUUUGUCAAGAGGGGCAGGUCUUAUACCUGCUAGCUUGUCAUAGAUAGCGGAUAUUAAACCUUUGUAACAAAGAAACAGCGGUGUUUGUAUCAGGUGUCUCUGGGAAAUUUGUUACCUGAUAGUGGAGAAAAUGUCUGGUUUGCAGAUACUUGAAAUAUGGGUAUUUGGUAGGUUAAACUUUUCAGAAAGUUGUUCAAAUGAUGCAAAACUGAUAUUGAUAAAAAGAUCCUUAAAGCGCUCGAUACCUAUAGGUGCAAGAGCUCCAUCUACAGAUGGAUUUACGUCCAAAAGUGAGUUAUUUUUUCCCUCAUUGUCCGUUUAUGUUGCUGCCAAUGUGAAAAAAUAUUUGACCCUGCCACUGCAUUUCCGCUUUUUCGCUUUGUAUGCGAUUAAACGGCAAGGGAAAGAGGCGCUUCUUGUUCCAGACAUCAAUGCGUGUUCAGGCUUCCCAGGGUUGUAUAUGCAUCGAUUUAUACGUCUAUUUUCUCCAAAAUAAUCAAAGGUCUGGAAAUUUUAUUUAAUGUGCACUUAUUUCUCUGUAGGGAUGGGUACCAAAUAUUACAAACAAUACAAACAUAUAACAAACAUAUUUUCAAUGCCUCUACCGAAUGGCCUGUGUUGAACUUGAAAAAAUAUUAUAAAUAUGCAUACGUACUUAUUCAUUACAUUUACGAAAGAAUCAAAGCAAAAAUUUGUAAAAUAUUCAUUCAGAAUUUCAUUUAUUAAAGAACAAACACUUUUAAAUCAUGGGUUCAGAUUUACAAGUUCCAAAUUGAAAGACGUAACAUAACAUAAAAACAUAACUUUUUAUCCCUCUUCCCAGAGGUGGAAAAAGUGAGCAAUACAUAAAUAGGACACACAAUAUGACAUAAAUGGAAGAUGGAAAAAUCCAGCACUCUUGGGAUUUUCAGAAACGAGGCAAUCUCAAACUUUUUCAAGUUAAGUGCCUCCAAAAUAGAUGCACAAUACACCAGAGACCCAUGUUUGAGAGGAUAUUGUUUGAAAGAAUCCCCUCUAAGAAGAUACAAUCCCUUUAACUUUGUGUCAAUAAAGUGAAAUUAAUCUAUUUGUCCUUUUGCCGGGAACCCCCUGCAGCCCUCUCGAGGACCCCUGCAGUUUUCGGAUCCCAGUUUGUGAACCAUUCUUCUAAACAACUGGAUAACCAAAGUGGAUAAACUUAGGGAUGUCACAAGAAUCAAUACAUAGAUCCCAUAGAUACAUAGAUAUCAAAUCAAUACCAGCAUUUAGAAAAUGAUACUAAUACCAGCGUUUUUAGUUAUCAAUAGUAUCAACACCUCAUCACGCUAUAACUCAGUGUUAUUAUUCUAAUAUAGACGGAGCGUGUUUGUUUAAAUGCUGAAACACUUUCAGUCAUAUUUGCAAACCAGAAUGAGAGCACAGAAUCACAGUUGUAUUUGUUGUUAGAGAAUGAAUUUUCAUACAGUUCCUCUAAUUUGAAAUGACUGUUUUUUGGGCUGCUUUGCUUUCUACUUGAAGGCUACAGGCCAAUAUUUAAUUUGUAACUAUUAUUCUAAUGUAGCCUGUAUGCUUAAAUAAUGAAACACAAAAAGUUUCUGUUCAAUUUUUAAUGUUUAUAUAUAGUUUUUAAAUAAAGGAGUGUGUCCUGAGUGGGGUUUCCAGUAUUAAAUCAGGUACUGAGAGCAGUGGAUCUUCAGUGGUAAAUCUAGUAUGGUGACAUCACUAGUAUAUACCGUAAGUGUCAUACAAUUUACUGAUGACUUAUUUUGAGAAAUUUUCUAUUGCGCUUCUGAUUUGGCUGUGAGAUUUGCUGAUUUUGUGUGCAUCAGAUGUGAUGAAUUUGAGUAAAUGUGAUGGCGUUUUCCGUCCAAAAUGGCGGCAUUGCUACAGCAGUGCCAUCUAGCAGUGGUUGUCAAAAAAGCACCAGAAUUUCACCUCUUGUGCUUCUAUACUCUUUGGUGUAACUGCACCCCUAGGUCUGAGCCUAACUCCACCCACUGCAUAAUUUUGAAAAAUGCUAAAAAGUAGGCAAGGGGCUGAGGGGGGACAGGCGGUGGGCGUUGGACGGAGCAUAACUGUGUGAGGCAGGAGUUCAAGGUCAUUUAAACGAGCCAGAAGUCAGGCCACAAAAACAACAGAAAUCCUCCUCACAUCUCGCCCUGCAGUUCUGUAGCUGCCGUUAGCUUCUUAAGCUGAAAGUAUAUAGUAUAUAUUUGAAAAUGAGCGCGGGGCUGGGGGAGGUGGGCGUUAUCAUUCUACCAUUAAUAUACAUUUCAUGACGUAGAGAACUAUGAAACGGUCGACUCUACGUCAGCAUUGGCCCCGCCUUUUCAGGGCUGAUUUUAAUUAGCAGAUGACACGUUGAGCCAUUUUCAACCCAUGAAAUGCAGAUUUUGUUUUUCAUAAAUGUGGUGUCAGUGUCAAUAUUAACACAGCAUUGAUGUGUUUCAUCACAGCACAGUCAUAUAAUUUAGUUUACAGCUCAAAAAACACGUUUUAGUGUGUAUUACCUCUAUUACGGUCUAAAAAACCGUAGUCUGUCCACAGUGUCUCAUCCACCGCCGCUUUGUGUUACACAAGCAUAGAGCACUAGCACGGCUAAUAGCAAAUUGUUACUACUGUUGCUGCUCUAGAAACAGCAUUUAUUUAUAUUUAAAAUAAGAAUAAAUUCUAAUGCUGUUCUGAAUUUAUUCUUUUUUUAAAAUAAUAUACUUUUUAAAAAGCAAUUAUUUAGUUAUGAAAAAGAACCGAUAAGAGUCUCAAUAGAGAACCAAACCAAUAAGGAGCAUCGAUAAGAGUAGGGAUUGUCAGUGUGCAGUCAGAACCAAAUUGCACCAUUUAAAAAGAAAAAGAAAAAAGUGGGUGAGUGGGGCCCACAAAAAACACUUGGUCAGAUCUAGGCACAAAAACCACUUGGCUAGGUUUAGGCACAAAAACCACUUGAUCAGGUUUAGGCACAAAAAACACUUGGCUAGGUUUAGGGAAAAUUUGUGGUUUAUAUAUAUAGAUGUCAUCGGUCUCAUGUUGUCGAAUAAUGGUGCGGAAGGAUUUACAUUGGAGUACAGACGCUAAAGAGUGCCUUGUGCAUUGGUGUCAGACGCUGAGGGGUGUGACGAAGCGUCGGUAUUUGGGAAUGAGAACAGGCUGGAUCAAAACAUAAGACAGCGUAUAUUAGCCGCCCAGUAAUAAAAGCAGAAAUUAGGCAGUGCCAUGCCAUGUCUUGCUUUUUGAUUUUUGAAGAUGGACUUAAUUUAGUUGACGACACUUGCCCUUCCAUAUGUAGGACGAGAUAACUGAGUCUAGUGAGUCAAAAAAGGAUUUAGGAAUGAAGGUUAGUUUAGAUUGAAAAAGAUAUAAAAAUGUAGAGAGAAUAUACAUUUUGACGGAGUUAAUUUGGCCCACCAGGGAUGUAGAUAGGGGUGACCACUGCGUUAGGCACUAUUUCACAUGAUUUAACAGAGUAAAGAAAUUUUCUCUAAAAAGACACUUAGGUUUUCUUAUGACUGUAAUACCGAGGUAAGUAAAUUGAUUUUUCACAAUCUUAAAAGGGAGCUUAGUAUACUCUGACGUUAGUGCCUCUCCAUUCACAAGGAGAAGUUCACUUUUGUGUAAAUUUAGUUUGUAUCCUGAGAAGUGGCUGAAUUGGAUGAGCAAUGGCAGCAUGGGGGGUAGGGAGGUGUCCAAGCUUGAUAUGAAAAGCACAAGAUCGUCCGCAUAGAGGGACACUUAUGUUCAACUCCCUUCCUCCAAAUUCCUGAAAUAUCUUGGUGACUAUGGCACACAAUUGCGUAGUGGUUCUAUGGCCAGAUCAAAAAGUAGUGGGCUUAAGGGGCACCUUUGACGAGUUCCCUGUUGGAGGUUGAGAGGUUGUGACUGUUGAGAGUUGGUUAGGAUUGAAGCAGUAGGGCACAAAUGUAUAAUUUUAUCUACAUGAUAAAACAUGCACAGGUUUUGCUGACUGCUCCAACCUUCCAGUUCGAUGAAUUUAGUCGUUAGCUUGAAAUUGUUUUCACGCAGGCUGGAGCAAACAUUUCUAGCUCAUUGACAUGCUGUGUUAGAUCAUCCAAAGCGAACUCAAGAGAUGAUGAUGAUCACCAUCUGUCUCCAAAAUGUUUGUAUGCAUGGGGCAGAGUUUACAUGUGCACAUUCUCCUGCCAAAUUUGUUUUUAUAGAGCGCAACUUUUGUGUGGGAAGUGGAAGUGGCCUCUUUCAGGCUCUCCAAAUUUCACACGGUUUUGGCAAAUCUAUUCAGAUCAUGUGAAAUUUUGGCAGUGGUGUGUGUUGAUCUGAGGCCUGGCCUUUGCAUUCAUUUCUAAGAAUAACCCUUUUGUGUUAAUAGUUACAUUGGUCUUUCUAUAUUCAAUUGUAAUCCUAGGUGUUUUAUAUGGACAUUUGAGGGUUAAUUUAACAUGAUCACAUACUGUAUGUUGUCCCAUUUUCAUCAGUCAGUCAGUGAAGAUUUGAGAAGAGAGCGAUGGUUGUUUUUUGAGAAAUGAGGUCUGUGUGAUAUGAAGAUAUAAUGUGCCUAUUUUUGCCUACUUCUGUCUGACCCUGAUAAGGAUUAGAGCCAGACGAUUCAGAGAUCCCGUCCUCAUUUGUAAGAGCUGAGUUGCUGUCAUUUUUGACAGCAUCUGCUAUUGUCAAGUGUGUGCUUUCCUAAAAGGUUUAAAGUUCAAGACUAUUUGUAAGCCAUUGUCAUGCUCUAAUUCAAGCAGGAAAACAUGGUUUGAGCUGGAGCUUGGUGAUAUAUCCACAUACAAUUGUAUCAGCAUAUGGGGUUAAAUACUGUCAGGUUUUAAUUUAAGUGACGCUUUGUUUAUGACAGUUCUUCUGAUCUCGAAGCCUGUGGUGCAGUUUGACCAAACUGUUACGAUAGUGACAUGAAGAGUAACUGAUCAGUCUCAGUCACUUUUUCUCAUGUGUGUAGAAUAUAAUGCAUUUUCAUUUUUCUUUUAUUUAAUCAAGUGAAAGAACCAUUGAGAUUUAAAUUUGUUUCAACUGUUACAAGGUGUGUCUUCAUGUAGAAGGAAGGUUUUCAAACUAUCACCGAAGAGUGUAUUAACUCUACAUGAGUCAGGCUACACUGACCAAAAUAAAAAGAAGCUCGUACCUAAAAAAGAUGGAAUUCAUUCAUUUUUUGUUUAUCUUUAUAUAUAAAUCAUAUCCUUGCUGAAGAUAUUUUAAAUGUAUUGUCAAUUUAUUAUUUAGGUAAUGGAUAAAUAAGUUGUAUCAUUGCCAUAUUGAUUUUUGUUCAUAUUGCACACCUCUGUAGUUUGAGCAAAAGAAAGGUACAGAAAUGUUGAUGUGGGGAAGACGACAGUCAUCAUAUUGCACAGGAACUGCUGCUCAGUGGCUGCAGCUCUAAAUCAGGAUAUAAUAUCUGUUAUGAUGGCAUCACAUUGCUGAGUCAGCCCUGUGUUGCAAAUCAUAUGGAAAUAUUUUGUUUACUAGCAUCUGUUGGGAGCUUGGAUGGGUGUUAAGACAUUUACUUUGCUGCUAAUGCAGAGGAAACCAUUUGUUGGUCUUCAAACCACUGAUUAGAUAUCAAAAAGCACAAUGACUUCAUUUAUGUGUGUGCUUUCUCUGGAGGUACAGAAAAAUGUGAUAUUUAUGUCUUUAAAAGUUUUGAUUCAUAAUGUGAGGUAUAGAACAGAUUUGAUUGUGGUCAUUGCUUCAUAUUGUGAAUAUAUUGUAAUAUUCAUUUUUAACAGAACAAAUUCUUACAAUGCACAUGUGUAGUGAGUGGGCCUGCACCAUCCGCUACCUUUACUUUUGUUACAGUGGCAGUUGCUGAUGUUACACUUGUCAAAAUGGCAUGAAUAUUUAGCAAAUGAAACACCACAACGAUUAUUUCAAUAAACUUUUGAUUAAUGAAAA